UAGUACAAACUGCACUGCAUCGCACCGCUCCACUAUUAUCAUUCAGCACUGAGAGAACAUGGACUCGGCAGCGCCUGUAUUUUUCCAUUUCAUCGCCUGAGAGGAACUAAAAAAAAGUGGACGUUUGUCUUUACAGAUGGCAAAAGAGAGCAAGAAGAGGAUACGAUGGUUCCGUUCUUCUGAUGAAUAAUCUUCUGUGUUUUUAAACCCCUUUCCUGACACACACACACACCGAAAAAGUUUCUUCACGGAGUGCAACAGGCAAUUCUUCAAGCUGAUGUGCCAUUAGAGGGGAAUGGAGUAAAAUCUGGACUCUUUCUGGGAUUGAUACAUCACAGAUCUGGAGACAUGGCUCAAUCUGAAGACGCACCGAAGGAAAUGAGUCCUGAAGGGAAGGCAGAAACCGAGUCUGCGGGGGAAAUAAAGCGGGCUCGAACCAUGGCGCUCUACAACCCCAUCCCGGCCAAACACAACUGUCUCACCGUCAACAGGUCUCUCUUUAUCUUCGCCGAGAACAAUAUGAUCCGAAAAUAUGCAAAGAGGAUUAUAGAGUGGCCUCCAUUUGAGUAUAUGAUCCUGGCCACCAUCAUAGCCAACUGCAUCGUUCUGUCCCUGGAGCAGCAUCUUCCUGGAGAGGACAAGACACCAAUGUCCAAAAGACUGGAAAAGACGGAGCCUUACUUCAUUGGCAUCUUUUGUUUUGAGGCUGGCAUCAAGCUGGUGGCGCUCGGCUUUGUUUUCCAUAAGGGCUCCUAUCUGAGAAACGGCUGGAACGUGAUGGACUUCAUCGUUGUGCUCAGCGGGAUUCUGGCCACCGCUGGAUCCCAUAUGAAUAUUCCUGUUGAUCUGAGAACGCUGAGGGCUGUGCGUGUGCUGAGACCCUUGAAACUGGUCUCCGGUAUCCCCAGUUUACAGAUCGUUCUGAAGUCCAUCAUAAAAGCGAUGGUGCCACUGCUGCAGAUCGGACUCCUGCUGUUCUUCGCCAUCCUGAUGUUUGCCAUCAUCGGUCUGGAGUUUUACAGUGGGAAACUACAUCACACCUGCCUGGCCGACCUGGAUAUACUAGAUAAUGAGACGGUGGACUCAUCGGAGGUGGAUUUUGCGUGUGGUGUGAGGAAAUGUCCUGAUAAAUACACCUGCAGCGGCUCUUGGAUUGGACCCAAUGACGGCAUCACGCAGUUUGAUAACAUCCUGUUCGCAGUGCUAACAGUGUUUCAGUGCAUCACUAUGGAGGGCUGGACGGCGGUGCUGUAUAAUACUAAUGAUGCUCUGGGACCUACAUGGAAUUGGAUAUAUUUUAUUCCUCUCAUCAUCAUCGGCUCAUUUUUUGUGCUUAACCUUGUUUUGGGUGUCCUUUCUGGGGAAUUUGCUAAAGAGAGAGAGCGGGUGGAGAACAGACGUGCUUUUAUGAAGCUCCGACGACAACAGCAGGUGGAGAGAGAACUGAACGGCUACCGGGCAUGGAUAGACAGAGCAGAGGAAGUCAUGCUUCAAGAAGAAAACAAGAAUUCUGGGAGGUCAGCAUUAGAUGUACUCAAACGAGCCACCAGCAAGAAAAACGCAAGACGGCGAGGACCAGGAGAGGAGAAAUAUUCGGAGAUCUCUACAGUUGCGGGUGGAUCGAGGCCUAGGGUUGGUAUGCGGACGCCGAGGCGAGGUCCUGCUGCGUAUCUGAGGCGUAAAGAGCGAAUGUUACGCUUCUCCAUUCGCCGCAUGGUGAAAACCGACAGCUUCUACUGGAUCGUGCUCAGUCUGGUGGCGCUCAACACCAUCUGUGUGUCCAUCGUUCACCACAAUCAGCCCGAGUGGCUCACCGUUAUUCAGUAUUACACAGAGUUUGUGUUUCUGGGACUUUUUCUUGCUGAGAUGUUUCUGAAAAUGUACGGCCUUGGUUUCCGUCUGUACUUCCAUUCGUCCUUCAACUGCUUUGACUGUGGGGUGAUUGUCGGAAGUAUUUUCGAAGUGGUUUGGGGAUUCUUCAGGCCUGGGGUGUCUUUUGGCAUCAGUGUCCUCCGAGCUUUACGUCUGCUGCGGAUAUUUAAAAUAACCAAGUAUUGGUCGUCCUUGAGGAAUUUGGUGGUGUCCCUUAUGAGCUCUAUGAAGUCCAUCAUUAGUUUGCUCUUCCUCCUAUUUCUGUUUAUCGUAGUCUUCGCUCUUCUUGGCAUGCAACUGUUUGGCGGCAGGUUCAUCUUUGAGGAUUACACUCCUACUAAUUUUGACACAUUUCCAGCAUCUAUCAUGACGGUGUUUCAGAUUCUCACUGGAGAGGACUGGAAUGAAGUGAUGUACAAUGGGAUUCGUUCACAAGGAGGGGUGCAUUAUGGGAUGUGGUCUUCCAUCUACUUUAUCGUUUUAACCUUGUUUGGGAACUACACGCUGCUCAAUGUAUUCUUGGCCAUUGCUGUGGAUAAUCUAGCCAAUGCACAGGAACUAACUAAGGAAGAAGAGGAGGAGGAGGAGGAGUUCUUCAACCAGCGCUAUAAAAGCCGAGAAUUUGGCCUCUCAGAAAGGAGACGGAGACCGUACCUGUACAGAAAGCGUGCCAUCCACCGAGGACGACCUUCUCCUGCAGAAGCAGAGGAGGAAGCUGCAGGGAAACAAGCAGCGGAAGAACAGCCAGUCAAUGCUUUUGCAGGCCGCCGUGAGAGACGCAAAAAAAUAAACAUGUCUGUCUGGGAGCAAAGGGCCAACCAGCUGCGGAAACGUCGCCAGAUGGCCAGUCGCGAGGUAUUGUUUGGUAGUCCCACAGAGGACCAGGACACUCCAGGGAGCGAUCAUCACCAGCAGUGCAGCUUGUCCACUGAAACAAGCCCUUCACACUUACCAGAAUCUCCAAUGUCUGUGGGAAUGCCUUUGCCAGAGCCACCCAUGUCCAUUACCAUUCCUCUGCCUGAGCCUCCAGAGUCUGAGCCUUUGCCUCUGUCAGGAUCAGGGCUAGAGGAGAGGCCGAGCGCUAAUAACCACCAUGCUAAUACCGAAAGGAGGCAUCGAGUGGCGAGGAAGUUUCGAGCUGCUGCCGCUGCAGGAGUGGCGGAGGGUGGGCGACACAAACGCCACAGACAUCGGGAGUCCAGAACAGAGGCCAGAAACGCAGAGAACCACCAGCAGUUGGAGAGGCAAGCUGAAGAUGGUGAGGAUAAAACAGAGGAGACUCAAUCUAAGCACAUGAUGAACAUGUGUGACCCGGAAAUGCCUGGGAAGCAAAUUGAGAAUCAAGAGGAAUGCCAAAGGGAGUUUGUGUGUGAUCUGACAGGGCUCUCCCAAGCCUCCGGCCAUCAGGAAGGAGAUCAAGCAGAAAGCCAGGGAGCUCAAUUUCUGAGGCACAAAGAAGACUUCUCAUCAGAAUCUAAGUACAUGACAGAAGUCUCGGACAUUGAGAACAACGGCAGCUAUCUCAACCAGGAUGAGUGUAUGACAGAAACCAGCCUAAAGCGAGAGUCCUCAUCCCAACCUUUGUUGGAAAUGGCACCAAUGACUGUCAGUUUCAAGGACGUGGAGGCGUCUCUUUCAGACAAAGCUGACGACGAUGAUGAUGAUGAUGAUAUUGAUGAUGAUGAUGAUGAUGAUGAUUAUGAAGAUGAUGGGAAUGGAGGUGAAAAGUCGACAGCCUCCAAACCCGACAGGCCAGACAGCAUGUUCAUUUUCAAGAGCAGAAACCCCAUCAGGAGGAUCUGUCAUUACGUGGUGACGCUGCGGUAUUUCGAGAUGACCAUUCUCCUGGUGAUCGUGGCCAGCAGUAUCGCUCUGGCGGCUGAAGACCCCGUGUGCACCAGUUCAGAGAGAAAUAAAGUUCUCCGUUACUUUGAUUAUGUUUUCACUGGCGUUUUCACAUUUGAGAUGAUUAUAAAGAUGAUUGACCAGGGCCUCAUUCUUCACGAUGGAUCUUAUUUUCGGGACAUGUGGAACAUUCUGGAUUUUAUUGUGGUGGUUGGAGCUCUGAUUGCUUUUGCAUUGACAAACAACAAAGGCCGAGACAUUAAGACCAUCAAGUCCUUGCGGGUUCUGCGGGUUCUCCGUCCCCUCAAGACCAUCAAAAGGCUUCCAAAGCUGAAGGCUGUGUUUGACUGCGUGGUCACGUCUCUGAAGAACGUCUUCAACAUCCUCAUCGUCUACAAGCUCUUCAUGUUCAUCUUUGCAGUCAUCGCAGUGCAGCUCUUCAAGGGGAAAUUCUUCUACUGCACCGACGGCUCCAUGGGCACGCAGAAAGAGUGCCAGGGCUACUACAUCGACUAUGGAAGAGACAGAAAGGAGGUGAAGAAGAGGGAAUGGAGGAGACACGAGUUUCACUAUGAUAAUGUCCUCUGGGCUCUUCUUACACUCUUCACCGUGUCCACAGGAGAGGGAUGGCCACAAGUCCUUCAGCACUCUGUGGAUGUCACUGAAGAAGACCACGGCCCAAGCAGAGGAAACCGCAUGGAGAUGUCCAUUUUCUACGUCAUAUACUUUGUGGUUUUCCCUUUCUUUUUUGUCAACAUUUUUGUUGCUCUCAUCAUUAUCACAUUCCAGGAGCAGGGCGACAAAAUGAUGGAGGAGUGCAACCUGGAGAAAAACGAGAGGGCUUGCAUUGACUUCGCAAUCAGUGCAAAACCCCUGACGAGGUACAUGCCUCAGAACAGGCAGACGCUGCAGUACCGCUUGUGGCACUUUGUGGUGUCGCCGUCUUUCGAGUACACGGUUCUCGUCAUGAUCGCACUCAACACUGUAGUGCUCAUGAUGAAGUAUUACUCUGCACCGACGGCCUACGAUAUCGUCCUGAAGCACCUCAACACGGCGUUCACCGUGCUGUUCUCCCUCGAGUGCAUCUUGAAGAUCAUGGCCUUUGGGUUUAUGAACUAUUUCCGGGACACCUGGAAUAUCUUUGAUUUCAUCACUGUGCUGGGCAGUAUUACUGAAAUUGUAGUGGACUUACAGUCAGUAAACACCAUUAAUAUGAGUUUCCUGAAGCUUUUCCGAGCAGCAAGACUGAUUAAGCUAUUGAGACAAGGCUACACGAUACGCAUUCUGCUCUGGACGUUUGUUCAAUCUUUCAAGGCUCUUCCGUAUGUUUGUCUUCUUAUUGCCAUGCUUUUCUUCAUUUAUGCCAUUAUUGGCAUGCAGGUGUUUGGAAAUAUUAAAUUGAACGAUGAAAGCCAUAUUAAUCAACACAACAAUUUCAAGACAUUCUUUGGUGCCUUGAUGCUGCUGUUCAGAAGCGCCACAGGAGAGUCGUGGCAGGAGAUCAUGCUGUCGUGUCUGGAGGGUAAAGAGUGUGAGCCGGACCCGUCAAUAACACCACCUUUCACCUCUCCAGACCACGAGGGCGGCUGCGGCACCGACUUCGCCUAUUUCUAUUUUGUUUCCUUCAUCUUUUUCAGCUCAUUUCUAAUGCUGAAUCUGUUCGUGGCCGUCAUCAUGGACAACUUUGAGUAUUUGACCCGAGAUUCGUCAAUUCUUGGACCUCACCAUCUAGAUGAGUUUGUACGCAUCUGGGGGGAAUAUGACCGAGCAGCAUGUGGCCGAAUUCACUAUAAUGCCAUGUAUGAGAUGCUGACCCACAUGUCUCCACCUCUCGGGUUGGGAAAGAAAUGUCCUGCAAAAAUUGCCUACAAGAGACUGGUGCUGAUGAAUAUGCCAGUCGACGAGGACAUGACGGUUCACUUCACCUCCACACUGAUGUCUCUGAUCCGCACCGCACUGGAGAUCAAGAUCGCUAGAGGGGGUGAGGAUCGGCUACAGCUGGACAUGGAGUUACAGAAAGAGAUCAGUUUCAUCUGGCCACAUCUGUCCCAGAAGACUCUGGACCUGCUGGUGCCUAUAAACAAAGACACAGACAUGACCGUUGGAAAGAUCUAUGCUUCGAUGAUGAUCAUGGAUUACUUUAAACAGAGCAAAGCCAAGAAGCUGAGGCUACAAGUGGAGGCGCAGAGAGCUGCUGCACUCCCCCUGAUAUCUCACAGUGCUGGAUCUGCCCUGACCAGUGGAGGGUUUGUGGCUUUAAGCCCAAUAUCACCGCAGGAGCUGUUAAUGCAACCCAUAACCCAGCGUACAGACAGCAGUGAAGACUACGACGCCUCACAGGUUGAUGAAUCAGGGUUGAAUGGCGUGUGGGGGGAAGAUCGCCCACCUGAACAUGCAUUCAGAGCCAGACACAAGAGCUACAAAGCUGCAGUGUCGCACUCAGAGCAGACGCAGUACAUGGAAAAGGUGCGAGGACGACCAAAGGAACAACGGCUCUUACUGUCCCCGAAAAACUCCAACUCAAAGUCCCGUUCCCGCUCUCCCAGCGAGGAGCGCGUACAUGGCGUCACAAGACAGGGAAACAGCUCCGAAAGCCCAGUUCCCUCCACCUCAGAGUCCAGCACCCCGAGUGGAAAACGCAGAUUAUCCCAAACCUCCACCUGCUCUCGGCCUCACAUCUCCUACUCGCCUCUAGUGUCCCACACGCAGUCUUCAUUACAGCCCAAUAAUAAUAAUGACGAGGAUGAGGAGGAUGACCCAUCGGUUCAGCAGAUGUUAGGCUGCUGCAGUACUGCAAUAUGGGACGACAGCGCUGAAGACCAGGACGCAAGAGCGAGACAAGAAAAAUCCGAUUUCGAAGUGGAUGAAUAUUUGGGUUCGUCCGUCCGCCGUUAUCCAUCCGAAUCAUUCCUCGCUCUCCAAGAGGAAGAGCACAGCCCGGAUUCUGCCACAGCAAUGGAAACUCUCACUUUUGAGGCGGCGGUGGCCACCAGCUUAGGCCGCGCAAAUACGGUCAGCGCCUCAAUGCGCACUAGAUCACGAAUAGGCUGGCAGGUUCCCAACGGACACUUCCGGAAGAGAUUGGCACAGAGCGUUUCUCUGGCUGGGGGCGAAACUCUCAGCGAUGUAGAGGACGACAAAUACUAGGUUUGGUCAGGGGUGUAGAAUUAGCAUGGACGCCAAUCGAAAUGUCCCCACCAAUAAUUUAAUUCACUUAUAAAAAAACACGCCUGGACAUACAGAAAGGGUUAAAUCACGUUCCCUACUUGAGUCGUACCGCCCCCGAAACACAUAUGAACAUUGUGAUUGGCUGUGCCAUUCCCUGCUGUCAUGUGAGAGGCUCUAGGUUCAUUUAGAUAUAAUCAGCGGGGGAAUUUUCCUGUGCAAGAAUAAGGUGUGUGAGGUGUGUGACACACGCAUGGCAAAGCAAAAAAAUGGAAGGUGGACAUGAGGAGCUUAUUUCAAGGAAAAGUUUGUUGCAUAAACUCGAGUUCGCUACCGAAUGAAUCCAUGAUGAUAAUGGUAAUGUUAAUGCUAGUGUUUGUUUGUUUGUUUGUUUUUUAUUCCCGCUUUGGCGUACAGUCUAAUGUUAAAGCAGACUGAAAUAGUCUGUGAAUAAUAUGGUCUGAAAACUAACUGCAGAAUAAACAGCUACAUGUAAAGGUAUUAAUAUGAUCCCACUCUGGGCGAUUCAAAGCUCCUCACCAAUGUCAAGAGCAGAUCUACGCCCUUGGAUUUGGUUAAAGACACAACAGGACAGAAACAUUUGAAGGAGGACACUGAAGAGGGUGCCAGUCUUCAGUAUUCAAGCAAGAGGUGUUUUAUAGAGAGACCAAUUAAAUGUUCAAUGGAGCCUUUUCACGUUUGCAGGGUGCUCAGCAGACAUCAUAGUUGGUAAACUGAGAGAGUUCAAAUAAUCAUUUACAAUUAUUAUUUUAAUUAAAAACAUUUCUGCAAUCCUGUUUGCUGAAAUGAAAAAAGAAAAAGUCCACGAUGGUGUUUUCUUUCAGAAAAAGGAAAAAAUAGAUAACGGUAGACAGAAGAGAGAAUAAUGUUAAAGUUAAUGUCCCACCUCCACAGAUGAUGCAUGUUAGACGCCUCGCAUAUUUACGCCGUCAUUCGUUUUUUGUCAUUUGCAAAGAUGAUGCACUGUAAAAAAAUGCUGUAAAAUGUACAGUAUUACUGGCAAUUCAAGAACAGGAGCACUGUUAAUGAACAAUAACAGCUGUGCUG